AUGCCCGCCCUCGCCCGCAAGAUCCUGAUCGUGGCCGCCAUCGACGGCCUCAUCCUCUCGCCCAUCCAGAACUCGCGCAACAACAGCAACAACAACAACAACAACAACAACACCCCCAAACCCGUCAAGAUCGACUGGAAGAGCAAACAGAUCCUCCCCCACGCCGCCGCCGCCGCCAGCAAAGACAACAAUAAACCAAAAGACGAUGCAGCAGCGGCAGUAGCUCCCAACGGCCUAGAAGCCCACGGAAUCGCAGGCCUCCUCACCAUCUCCCCCACCUCCUCGUUCCUAAUCGCCAUCACCUCACGCGAACAAGUCGCCACCAUCCGCGGCCGCCACCCCAUCUACGUCGUCACCGACGUCGCCCUGAUCCCGCUCUCCUCGCAGCGCGACGCCGACGCCUACAUUGCGCGCGCGCGCCCGCGCGUCGCAAGUGGCGACACCGAUGGCGCCACCAGCUCCUCGGAGGAGGAGGAGCUGCAGGACGACAUUGCGGCGUCGUCGCGGCGGUCGAGCACCGACACUGCUACUGGUGGUAGCACGGUCGGCGAGGAUGUCAUUGGGCGCAGGGGCCUGUACGGCCGCUUCGCGGAGAAGUGGUUCAGUAAGCGCGGGUGGGCGGAGGAGCGGAGGAAGUCGGAGGGGCUGUCGCCGGGGGAGAGGACGGCGGCGGCGGCGGUGCAGCCGCAGAAGGUGGAUGUGGGGCAUGCGGUGGAGGAGAGGGAGGGAGUGGAUAUUACGAAGCCAGAGAACCGGCCGGCGCCGAGUGGUGAGGAGGAGAGGGUGGUGGAUGGCGCGGCAGAUAGUAAGGGGGAGGUGGAGAAGAAGAAGGAGGAGCAGGUGGUAGAGGAGGCCGUGGAGGCGGUCAAGGAGGAUGUGGCGCACAAUUUGACGCCGAAGCUGCUGAAUACGACGAGGCUGCUGUUGGGGGGGUCAAGGAGCUUCUAUUUCAGCUAUGACUGGGACAUCACGAGGAGCUGGAGCACACAGCGUCACUCGAAGAGCGAGAGUCUGCCAUUGUGGAAGCUUGUGGACCCAUUGUUCUUCUGGAACCACCAUCUCCAAAAGCCAUUCAUCGACGCAAACCAGAACGCCUUCGUCCUGCCGCUCAUGCAAGGCUUCGUCGGGCAGCUCCCCUUCACAACCACAACCACCGCCGCGACGCCCCCGCCCUCCGACGGCGACCAAGCCCCAACCUUCGAGUCCAUCGUCCCCACGCAGCAGAACCUCCUCCUCACACUCAUCUCGCGCCGCUCCAUCCGCCGCGCAGGCCUGCGCUACCUCCGCCGCGGCGUCGACGACAACGGCAACGUCGCAAACAGCGUCGAGACCGAACAACUCGUCAGCGACACCGAGUGGGCCCGCGUCUUCUCGUACCUCCAGAUCCGCGGCUCAAUCCCGCUAUACUUCCAGCAGAGCCCGUACGCGCUCAAGCCGAAGCCCAUCCUGCUGCGCACAGAGGCGGCCAAUGCGGCCGCAUUCGCCGAGCACUUCAGGGCCGCUACUGACCGCUACGGCAGUGUUCAUGCUGUUAGCCUUGUUGAGAAACAUGGCAAUGAGGCUAUCAUCGGCGAGAAGUACCAGGCUGCGAUGCAGGGCCUCCCGGAGAACGUGAAGCGCAGUGUUGGCUUCAGCUGGUUCGACUUCCACCACGAGUGUCGUGGGAUGCGCUUCGAGAACGUCAAGCACCUCUUUGACGAGCUCGGCCCGGUGCUCGACGGCUUCGGCUACCACGACGAGUCCUCGUCGCCGUCCGCCGGCGGAGGAGGAGGAGGCCAUGUUACGCGCCGCCAGCAGGGCGUGCUGCGCACAAACUGCAUGGACUGCCUCGACCGCACCAACGUCGUCCAGAGCGCCGCCGCCCGCGCCGCGCUCGAAAAGAACCUCGCGGACCUCGGCGUCCGCGUAUCCGACGGCUCGGACGAGGCGUGGUUCAACCGUCUGUGGGCCGACAACGGCGACGCCAUCUCGAAGCAGUACGCGUCGACGGCCGCGCUCAAGGGCGACUUCACACGCACCCGGAAGCGCAACUACCGCGGCGCCUUGACGGACUUUGGACUGACGCUGACGCGGUACUUUACGAACAUUGUCAGCGACUUCUUCACGCAGGCCGCGAUCGACUUUCUGCUGGGCAGCGUGACGGCGCGGGUGUUUGACGAGUUUGAGGAGGAGCUGAUGAGUGGUGAUCCGGCGGUGUCGAUGGAGCGGCUGAGGCAGAAUGCGGUCGAGGUGUCGAGUAGGAUUGUGGUGGAGGAUGAGGGGGAGGUGCUGCGCGGGGGGUGGACGAUGCUGGCGCCGGCGGAGGCGGGGACGCUGAGGACUUUCCCGUUUAGGGAGGUUGUGGUCUUGGUGACGGAUAAGGCGCUCUAUCGGUGCGGGUUUGACUUUGCGCUGGAGAAGGUUAGCGAGUUUGAGAGGGUGGAGCUGGCGGAUGUUGUGGGGGUCCAGUGGGGAACAUACAUCAUCUCAACCCUCGCCCACCCAUCCACAGACGAGAAACGCAAUGUCGGCUUCAUCGUACGCUACCAGCCCUCGUCGGCGGGCGGCAGCGUCGUACGGGUCAACACCCGCUCCAUGAAGAGCAUGUUCUCCAAGGGCACCUCGCACCCAAAGUUCAUGGCCUUCAAGGUGCUCCCUGGCGCGGCCAACAGCAACAGCGAGAUCGAGCUCGUCGAGGGCGUGUGCAGAGAGAUUGAGGCUGCGCAGAACGAGAGGGUGAAGAAGGAGGGUGUGGAGCAGGGGAAGGAGGAGGAGGGGCAGUUUGUGGUGAGGAAGGAUGUGAUUGGACUGGCGGAGGCGAAGAGGAGUACGGGGUUGCUGGAGCAGUGGGGGUAUUCGUUGAGGAAGUCGGUGUGGGCGUAG